AGAAGGAAGUGGGAAUUGGUUUAGGGGAUUGAAAAAAUGAAGGCUAAUCUUCCUUUGUUGGUUUCCAUGGUGGUUCUCGGUGUUCUUGGAGUGUGCCAAGGUGGUAGUCUAAGGAAGAAGUACUAUAAGAGUGCGUGUCCUCUCGCAGAAGAGAUUGUUCAGAAAGUAACGUGGCGGCAUGUUUCAAGUAAUCCCAAUUUGCCCGCAAAGCUCAUAAGAAUGCACUUUCAUGAUUGUUUCGUUAGGGGCUGUGAUGGAUCGGUUUUGUUAAACUCAACUGCAAAUAGUACUGCAGAGAGGGAUGCAGCCCCAAAUCUAUCACUAGCAGGCUUCGAUGUCAUCGAUGAUAUAAAAUCACAGCUUGAGAAAACAUGCCCCGGAGUUGUGUCUUGUGCCGAUAUAUUGGCUUUGGCUUCAAGGGAUUCGGUGUCGUUUCAAUUCAAAAAACCGAUGUGGGAGGUGCUUACUGGUAGAAGAGAUGGCAAAGUAUCGCUUGCUUCGGAGGCUCUUGCCAACAUUCCCCCUCCUGUCUUCAAUUUCAGCUCCCUCAAGCAAAGUUUUGCAAGUAAAGGCCUCACGGUCCAUGACCUCGUGGUACUAUCAGGUGCACAUACCAUUGGAGUAGGCCACUGCAACGGCUUCAGCAACAGACUCUACAACUUCACCGGAAAGGGAGACGCAGACCCUUCCCUCAACUCAACCUAUGCUGCUUUCUUGAAGACCAAAUGCCGGAGCCUCUCCGACACGACAGCGGUAGAGAUGGACCCUCAAAGCUCCCGAAACUUCGAUAGCAACUACUUCGCUAUCCUGAAGCAAAACAAGGGUCUCUUUCAGUCUGACGCAGCUCUUCUAACCAACAAGGGUGCAAGAAAGAUUGCUCUAGAGUUGCAAGACUCGGCUGAUUUCUUCACGGAGUUCGCUCAGUCCAUGAAGAGGAUGGGAGCCAUAGGAGUCCUCACAGGCAGAGCAGGGGAGAUCAGGAAGAAGUGCAGCAUUGUCAAUGUUUGA